AUGACCACUGGAAAAACCAUAGCCUUGACUAGACAGACCUUUGUUGGCAAAGUAAUGUCUCUGCUUUUUAACACGCUGUCUAGGUUGGUCGUAACUUUCCUUCCAAGGAGUAAGCGUCUUUUAGUUUCAUUGCUGCAGUCACCAUCUACAGUGAUUUUGGAGCCCAGAAAAAUAAAGUCAGCCACCAAACUCCUAAAUCUCCCCAAACACUUUCUUUACACAAGGACCCCCAGGAACCCAUCUGUCGUUGGAGGCAGUGCUGUCAGACCAACCACAGGAGAGCCCUACAGAGUGUUUCCUUCAUGGUCAGAACUUUGUCUACACUUUGGUCUCCAUUCUAUCUUGAACCAGAACAUGUCUGUACCCAAGAGUCAUCUAUUUGACAAGGUGUAUGAGCACACAUCAUACCCAAUGCGCUAUUCUAGAAGCUAG